AUAAUUCAAUAAUAAUCUAACAAUAUAGGGGUCAUUUUACUUGAUGAGAUUUGGUGAUGUACCUUUAAGUAGCCUAAGUAUAUUUUGUAAUGCGUGAUUUUAAUUGAGAGUUUUGUUUGUUUUAUACACUGUGUUGUCUUUAUUACAGAAUUAGAUUACACUCUACAGCAGCGGGAGCAGGGCUUAGUAAUAUCUCGUAACACACACACACACACCCCUGCGCAGGUGUAAUGUGCACAAACAAGUGAGGUCACAUUCCUUCCCUCUUACACGGAAACCUGUCGCAAGGGGCUGUUUACUUUAAAGUCGUCUCGGCUUUACCGCUCCUCUGUCACUGAUAUACAAUCACUCCGACUCUCGUUUAUUUCCUCCUCCAGCGUGAGUGUCUUUAACAGGUGAUUUAUUUUAGUCAUACGGGGAAACAUCGGCCCGUUGACAGGUGAUCUGUCCGAGGAGGUGACGGAGCCAGCGGAGCCCAAAGGCCGGUGCCGGAGGUUCGGAGAUGUUGGUGUUUCAUGUGAACUUGUGAAAACAUGAGCGCUCCGUACAGAUAUGUGGACCGUGGUGUUGUUUCUGAACCUGUUGGCUCUACACUGCACAGUCUCCUCCUCUCCUCCCAGCCCCAUCAAUGUGAUCUUCACCUCAGUCAACCUGAGGAAUAUGUUGCAAUGGCUUCCAGGAAACGACACGCCGAAUGACACGCACUAUACAGUGCAGUAUGCUAUCUACGGGGACAGUGUUGAGGGCAGCAAAGGAAGACGGGUGCAGUGGAGGCCGGUGCGGCGGUGUACAGAAAUAGUGCGGAGCUGGUGUGAUCUGAGCAAUGAGACAUGGGAUCUAGAGCAUGGAUACUAUGCCAGGGUGCGUGCUGUGAGCCGGAGAGCGUCAUCCAAAUGGGCCUUGACAGGGAGGAGAUUCGAUCCAAAGACAGACACGAAUUUUGGUCCUCCGCUGGUUUCUGUGGAACUAGAGGAAAACAACGCCAUCAUCACUCUGAAAGGUCCAAUGAGAUAUCCGCCUAAUAACCACACCAAAGCAGUUUCCAUGGCAACAGUUUACCCCCAGAUGACUUACAACCUCUCCAUCUACAAUACCGGUCAAGGCCAGACGCACCAUUUCCCAGUGGUCUCCAGUUCGUACAAAUAUCGCCUGAUGGACUACAAUACAAAGUACUGCUUCUCUGCCAAGACAAGUUUCGUCUCCAUGCCUGCCAUAUGCCAGCCCUCAGGAUGGCAGUGCAUAAUGACGCCUGAAGACCCUUUGAUUGGCCAGCUGCGGUGGGUGAUUGUGGGAAUUGUUGUUCCAGCUGUGUGCAUCUGUGUGCUGGUGGUGGUUGGAUACCUUCUCUAUUGCUACCUGUCGGGGAAAGGACAGAAGAGCCCAUAUAUACUGGACCUGCCUGCUUUUCAUCCUCCCCCUCUGACAUUCCCACCUGAGAAACCCAACCUCAUCCUCAUCACCAUCAUCAAAGAGCUGCCACCAGAAAGCAGCAUAUCAGCCAAGCGGCCACAACACUGUGCACUACCCCCACCAGGAUACGCCUCCCAGAGGCCUGAAACACCACCAGCCCCAGAGGAACCCUGGGAUGAUUUGUCCGUCGACUAUGGGUUUGUUGGCGUUGGUCCUAAAAUGGAAAUCAGCCGAGAAAAUGGGAAUAAUCUGAAAGGUGAACACAAGAAAUGCGCAGCAGGAGAAAAUUCAGAGAACAAAGACUGGAAAGUUGAAGACAGCCUAUUCCCCGGACACACACAGACAGAGACGAGCACACUUUUGCAAGCACAUGCAUGGUCACAGCCGGUGUUACCACCAUUACUGUCUUUUCAGGGAGCACCUCCGUUAGAGGUGAAUGGAGAGGAGGAGGAGGAAAGAGAGUUUACAGGUUUAUUUCUAAACACAACCCCACAAACUGGCCUCUUCCGCAUUCCUUUAAAUCUACAAACAAAUGAGGAAGGAGUGGAGGAAGAGAUGGAUGCAAAGGUGAGAGUGAGAACAGAUGAAGAGAUAGAUGGAGGUGUGGAGGAAAGAAAUGGGAGUGAAGCACUACCCCUUCUUUCUGCUUAUGCCUGUCAGAAUAUCACAAACAUGGCUUCCUCCUACGCUGGCCAAUCAGCUUCUUUACCCGAUGACUAUGGUGCUGUGAAACUGGCUACAGCACAGGAAAUAGAGCAAGAUGAUAACGAGGAAGAGGAGGGACCUAUUUGUGUUGAUUGGGAUCCCCAGACCAGGAAACUAGUGUUGCCAGAGAUGGCGUUUGAGUACAGCAAGAGGGACGGUUUGGAUAGGUUGAUGCAGGCAGAGAAAGGGAGGGAGAACGGGAUGGAAGGAGAUGAGGAGGAGGUGAAUUCGAUGAAGGGCAAGCUGAGGCUGGAAAAUGUGUUUGUAAGACAAGGGUCUGAGGAGAAGGCAGAGGCAGAGAGAGCGAAGGAGAUAGGUGGGGGAACAGGGUUGGAGGCGGAUGAUUUGUUUACUAGAUGGAACUUGGUAAUCUCGAUGGACGAGUAGAUGAUAUUCAUCAACAUAUUUACCCCGUUAUUACAAAAAAGCUCUUCCUCUGCACUUAAAAUGUCCACUUAAAUUUAACAUGAAAUGAAAGUAUCAUUAUACAAAAUCUAAUUUCAAGGAGCACUUAGUACUGUAGUCAGAGUAUUUUUAUACCUGUGAAUAGUGCUGCUUUAUUAAUAUUAUCAGAACUAACCAAUGUGAAUGCUUAUGAAGAAAUCACACUGUGAUCAGAUCUGAAGGAAAUUAUCUGUACUCACCUUGAUUCUGAUCAAAAUUUAGUACACUAAUCAAUAUCUUCUGUAUAUAUUUGUGCUUGAUAUGAACCAACGUUCUUAGAGAUAACCAGAGACGGGGGAAUCGAGUCACAUGACUUGAGUCUGACUCGAGUUAGAAAGUCAAGGACUUGAGAUUUGCUCAACCAACACUGAUAAAACACUUGACGUUUACUUUGACUUGGUAUUCAUGACUUGAGACUUUUUUAAUUAAAUAUUUGCAUUUUGUAGAUACUGAGUAGUUACAUUUUGUUUCUGAAACAUGACUGGGUGAUUUCUAGUGCAAUGCUCGCAAACCUAGCAAUCUACUAAGACGUGGCAGACCAGCAGAGGCCAACACACAGGGCGACUAUCAUGGAGGGCGCUAGUCAAAAAUGAAUUGGGAUAUAAAGGCCUAGACACACCAAACUGACAUCAAAGAACUAGUGGUGACGAAAGCCAAGUGUUGCGUCCCCUAACGUUACCUGUCUCAGCCAAAAAGUUGCACCUGAACACAUCACAAAAACUACAGCCAAUGGCCAACUAGCAGGUACGUUGUACACUUGUGAGAGAGGACUCUCCACGCUAGCAAGCAAUGGUAGUCUGUGUUCGUCAUUCAAAAUGGGAAACCAGGAGACCAACAGGACAGAUUUAAGAUGCUAGUUAGCGAGAUAGCACAUUAACAACACAAUCUAAUGUCGAAAGAACAGAGCAUAUUUACUGUGUGCUAGUAAACGAUAAGACAAACAAUUACAAACUGUUUCUGCUAAAGAGCUCAAUGGCUAAAAAAAACAAUCUUACAAGGUUGUUUCUAUUUCAUUCAACAUGUUGAAUUGGCUAAAAAAAAAACUGACAAGUGGCAACAGCGCAGGACACACCGCAAAAACAGACAGAUGCUCACCAACGGCUCAACACUGACUACCAGCCAACCAUUGGCUUGAUGUGUCAGGGCCAUAAGAAUUCAAAUAUUAUGUUGUAGAUGACAGUAGUAAAAAGGUAAGAAAGCUUUUUCGCUAACUUACUAGCUUAUUGACUGGUCAGACAUUAGCUAGAAGUCUAACAUUUGACCAGAUAAUUAGAGUCUUCUAUGACUUGACUUGUCCUUGCCUGACUUGACUUGCUUGAUUCUUACCACAGUAAUUUAGGACUUGAGACUUGCUUGUGACCUGUACAUAUGUGGCUUACUCAGAUAAUUGUCAUCCUGUGGCAAAGUAUUCUUCCUGAUUAAACACUGUGUGAUACAAAUGUAAACCAUGUACACCAUGGUCAACUCUCAUCAGAUCUCAGCUCAACAAAGAUUGAUCUUCCAAAACCAUCGUCAAAAAAUAAAUUACAGAUUUUUUUGUGGACAGACAGCAAAGUCUUUGUGAGUUCCAGUGACUAAGUGGUAGUACAAAAACCCUGAUAAACAAAUCUCACUUUAAUGUAGUACUGGUCGAUAUGUAGAAAAUAAAAUUUCAAAAUGUUUUUGACCAUAUAUCUCAAUAUUGAUAUUUCGACAAUAUUGACUAUUGGUACUCUCACAGAACACAAUACGUUUUUUGAUAAAUAAUCAUCAGUAAUGUGAUUAUCUGUCUUUUGUCAGGUUUACAUAUUUCAGAAACUUCCAUCCUAUUGAGUCAAGUAAUUCUAACAUAAACCAAAAAAAUACUAUUCAUGUAAUUUAAUCAAAUAAACUGAGAUGAAGAGACUUUGAGAAUUUAUGUAACUAUUUAUCAUAGAAUUAACCUUAUUUACUUUAAUAAAUUUUAUGUAAUAACGUUCAUAAAUUCUGUGUAUUUCAAAUUUGUUGAUGAACAUCAAAAUAUCUGAAGCACACAGAAAUUAUUAGCAGUAAUUAUAUAAACUGUUUUACGGUAAAUAAAAUAAAUUCUAUGAGAUAUGGUUACAUAAUCUCAUAGUCUAUUCAUCUCAGUUUUAAUUAAUUUAAUUAUAUAAAAGGUAUUCUUUGGUAUAUGUUAGACUUAGUUGUCUCAGUUAGAUGGAAAUUUUUAUACGUAAUUCAAUAUGUAAACCGGACAAAAUAGACUAAAUCAUUUACUUGAGUGUGGACUUACUAGAACAGUCUAGUGAGUUCAUUAAAUUACAUCCCCUUACUGUAAUGAAGCCUUUAAAACCAAGAAAAGACGACACUUGUAUUAUGAUAUCCAACACUGAGACGACAUCUAGUCUCAUAUGAUGAUACUGAUAUAAUAUUGAUAUACUACCCAGCCCUACUUUGGUGUUUCCUUUCACUUAGCUGUAUGUUUUGAUACUCUAUGUGACAACAGUUAACUGUUGAUCUUCUGUAAUUGUACAUGUUCAUGUUUACUUGAUAAUGCUGUCUAGCGGAGGUAGUUGUGGGUUGUUUCAGGUUUUUUAUGGCACUACUUUGUUCCUGUUUUAGUUCCAGGUGAAGCACUAACCCGUUCUCGUUGAAACACCCUGGGACGGUAUCUGUUUACUGAAUGUUUGUGGUAAAUUGGGAUGAAUCAUGAUGUAAGUAAUUCCCCAUUUUCUCAGUCAGUGAUUGCAGAAUCACUGUAACACAAAUCCACCAAUGCUGAAUAUAUGAUAUGAAGGAAAUACUGUUGUUCUGAUUAAUAAGAUGUGUAUCUUUGUGAUGAAUAUGUUCAUAUAUGAUGAAGUCAAAAGUACUUAACUUUUUUCUUUUUCUACCUAAUACAGAGAUUUUAUAAAUAACGAAGCUGCCUGACACACAGUACGUGUCUAUCAUAUCUGUGCUUUUUUUUUACUAAGAAAAUCAACAUUAAUUUGCAAUCAUCUUCUUUCUUUUCAACAUAUCAGAUGCUGAUAUGCUAUCAGAUGCUGUCUCUUCUAGAAGUUAUGUGACUAAUACUUCUGCAUUCCUUUAACAUGAGCUUUGUUAUUCAGAAGUACACCAUGUCAAUCAUGUUUCAUCACGUAAUAAUGGAGAAAAUCAAUUGUCAGUGUUGUCCCUCAUUCUUAUCUCUCUAUUUGUUGUUCUACCUGCAUUAAUGUAUAAACACUCUAAAUUGUACACGAAGGACGCUUUGAUUUUAAUCGUCUUCACAACGCAGUUACGGGCACUGUGCUCUGUCAUGGUGUAAUCCGGGGAAUUACUGCAGUUAAUUAUCAUAAAAUCUCUUCCUGUUAACUGGCAAGCACCCAGAGGUAUGGGGGAGCUGUGAAACUCCAAAGAUGCAUUUAGUUUCAGUUUUAUGUAUUUACACAACUCAGGUUAUCUGCAAUGUGAAGAUAAGUUUGAUGAUGUGCAUGAAGUUGAACCCAUUUUAAAUGGUUUUACUCUGGGAGAGAAGUCAGAGAUAUUUUUGUUAUAGUUUUAUACGUUGCAAGACAGAAAUGUUGUAUAUUCAAACAAACGACAAUAAAGUCAACUUGUUGACUCUU